AUGAAGGGUCAUGUGAAAUAGAUCGUACUUCAUUGGUUUUGCAUGCCAAAGAAAAUGCUUCUGAGCUUUUCUUACAGCAAGUUGCAUCUCGAGUACUUCUCCUUCGGUAUUGAGAGUAGUAUCUCUUUCAACUUUGGAAUGUCUUUCUCCGCAAGAACUAUUGAGAAUGCUUCCCAAUUCAAAACCUCGAAAAACGGAGGCACAAAAUUGUCGGAUAUGAUCACGGGAACGCAUUCAUAG